AUGGAAUACCACGAUAAUAGAGUGAUAGUUUCAUGUGGGAUUCACAAGUCACAAGGAUGGGCGCGUUUUCAGCUUGAUCUCCCCACUGUAUUGUUCAAGCUAGGUCUUGCAAUCACCACUCAUGCCAACGAUGAAGGUUUAUUUAAAAAACAAGGGAACCAAUCGAAGUUACGCGAGCUUUCAACGCUUUUUGAUAACCCUCCAUAUGGAAAGAAUCUUGUCAUCACUGACUCACUGUUUGACGUAUCGGAAUAUUGUUCGCUUUUCAUCCACAAGAUGUUUGAAUUACCUCGACCUUUGAUUCCUUUUGAAUUAACCAAACAGCUUUGUGACGUGGCUUUGGCAAAUAGCGAAAUCAUGCAGAAAUUUGGAUCUUUGGAUAUUUCUUUUUCUUUCACUAAUGAAUCCCCUGUUCCGGAAGAUUUGUCCUUUCCGACGUCAAUAUCAUCGGAAAUUGGAUUACCAUUUACAAUUACUGCGGCUCGCAGAGUAGCACUUGAACUUCAGUUUGGAAUCUCCAUGCAAUUAGCAGAACUCAUGUUUUAUACCCUCAAUACCAAACUUGCCACAUUACCAAGAGAGCAGCGAGAUACCCUAGUCUGGGCUCUUAAUAUUUUUGCAUACCUUGUUAGAUCGUGUGAAGAUCAAGAGAGAGCUCAUGAAGAAUUACAAUAUUUGGCAACAGUGUUCAGAGCAUCCAUUCUUGAUGACGGAAAUAAUGUUGAGAUAGGAAGACGAGCUGAAGUUGUCUUUACAAUGUUGCUAUAUGGGGUCGGUAUUAUUGUUCCAGAAAUCUUCCCACAAGUUAGUAAAUCAGUUACACUAAAGAACACACCCAUAAUACUACCAAAUACAUCGCGAAAAGAUAAACCAACAGCAAUAAACAUUAAUGAUUAUAAUUUAUCAACCCCUACUACUGGAAAUAAUGAGCCAACAGUUCAAAUUGUCGAACAGAGGAAUCCGCUAAUAGAGGUCUCCAAUGCCUCCCCAAUACAGAAAAGUUAUCCGCCAGAUUCUGAGGUCCCCCCAGCCUCACCGUCUCCUUAUACAACUGUUCCCAGUACACCUGUGCGAGGAGGAAGAUCUAAAGAAUCACUGAUAUUACAGACCAGUACUAACAGUGCACGAACCCAGCGGUCUAUGGAACCAGAAGAUUUAAUGAUGCAUGAUGAACUAUUACCAGAAGAGUUUGAAGAACUACAAGAAAUUCUUGAGGAAUUAAAACUUAACCCAAAUGGCAGAGUACCGUUCAAAUGUGGCAAACCGUUGUUACAGCAUUUGGCAUUGCCGCCAGCGAAAUCGGCAGUAUUGGUAAGAAAAGGUAGAAUAAUCUUGGAUAAUCGUUGA